UCAGCUGUGCAAGGCGGAUCACUUAUGUUUUAAUCGUUGACGGAUGGGGAAGUUCCAGCAUGGCAGAGACGUCCAAAGCCGAGAAAUUGGCCGCAGCCAAACGAAUGCUCAAAGAAUUUCAACAGAAAAAUAAAGAACAAGCUUAUGCAUUACCGGUUCCUAAACCUCAGAAUAAUGGUGUUCAUGCUUACUCAGUAUCCCCAGGACAAGCUAACGAGCCGGUGCAGAAUGGCCACACGCAGAAAACACCUUCAUCAGUGAGUAGCCAAAGUGGGCAACAAUCACCAGCUUUGAUGUUCAGGAAUGAUAACUCUCCAGCUGAUUUCUUUGAUAAUAUUCAACAUAAUCCACCACCGGCUCAACCGCUGCAACCACAAAGGACAGAAUUCAUACCUUUACAACAGCAAAGGACUGAUUUCACUCCUUUGGAGCAACAAAGGAAUGAUUUUAAUCCUUUACAGCAACAAAGGGAAGAUUUCAAUCCUUUUCAGAAACAAAGGGCUGAAUUCUCCCCAUACCAGCAACAAAGGGCUGAAUUCUCCCCAUACCAGCAACAAAGGGCCGAAAUCUCUCCAUACCACCAACAAAGGGCCGAAUUCUCUCCAUACCAGCAACAAAGGACAGAUUUAAAUCCUUUGCAGCAACAAAAGACUGAAUUCCUUCCACUACAGCAGCCAAGAACGGAAUUCACUCCUCUGCAUCCAGAAGGGACUGAAUUAUUACAGGCGCCAAGAACUGAAAGCUCACCGUUACAUCCACAAAGGACUGUAUUUACAUCGCCGCAAGGGACUGACAGUUCACCAUCACACGUAGAAAGGACUGAUCAUUCGGUUCCUGUCUACAAUUUUUACAACCCAAUUGAAACAUUGAGAGAUUAUGACAGGGCCGAGACAUCAUCAACAAGCAGUCCCUCUGAAGACGAAGCGACCAGGAGAGUCCGAAGUUUGGAAGCUCAGCUUUCAGUAGAAGUUUCGAGGAGGGAAGAUUCUGAAAAACAUCUCCGCAGUGCUACUGAACGAAUAAAACAGCUAGAAUGGGAAGUUAUAAAUGCAAGGGAGUCAAACAAAGAGGUUAAAUCUGCUGAAAGCACAAACCAUGCUAAGGGAUCUUCUGAGGAAUCAUUAGAGGAAGAAAUUAAGAUUAAUCUUAAAACUAUUCAGAUCCUUGUUUCUCAGAAGUCAAACCUCCAACAAGAACUAGCAACAGUUCAAGAUGAGAAUAAAUUAAAUAAAAGUAAAUGUGAAGAGCUGUCAGUCAGGACAAAAGCAUUAAGAAUGCAGGUUGCAAAGCUUGAACAAGAAUUAAGUGAGACUGCUGAGGCCAGGCAUCAGCACAAUUCAAUACUUAAAAAACUCGAGCUGAACCUUGCCGAAGCCAGGAACAAAGUUGAGGAACACAAGAAAGAAGUAGAAGAUGCCCAAAAUGAUAUAAGGGCACUGAACCAUAGAAUAGAACAGUGUCAGGAAGAGAAUGAAGCUCUUAAGAAAGCACUUGAUGUGAAAGAACACCAGCUAUCCAUGGCUGAAGUAAAAAUGGCCCAGACUGGUGUAGGCAGUGUACCAACAGCAGAGGACGUUGACCAGGUCAAGUCUUUGAGUCUGGAGUGUGAAAGGUUAAAAGGAGAAAUUGAGUCUAUUCAGAGAGAAAAGUCUGAAUUAAAUUUACAGUAUCAAGAGUACAUAAAUUCGUUAAACACCCAGAUACAAAUAAUCAAUGAAGAGAAGGAAACUUUGCUGAGGGAGAAAAACGAAAAAAUCGAGAGGGAGGAAGUGCUUGUAAGGCAGUUAGGGGAGCUUGAAAAGCAGAUGACACGAGAACGCCAGGCAGGCCCAUCGUUGACGACGACGAACACUCAUCUGAGCGAAAAGUUGAAGGAAAGUGAGGAAAAAUUAGCCUUGACUGAGACAAAGCUGUCGGAAAAAAUAUCUGAAUGCGAGAACGUCAAAAGCGAGCUUCAAUCAGUUGUACAGAGGCUGAAUGAAGCAGAAGAUGCUCUUGAAAGGCUGGAAAUCCCUGAUGCCAAAAAGCUUGAAGAAGCAAUGGAGAGUGAUAGGGUCGCUGCCUCGAGAGCGAUAGAACAAAAUACUAAACUGAAGCAGCAAGUUUCAGACCUAACUGCAGAAAUAAGUGAAACUGUGGUCCGUCUUAAUAAUGAGAAACUUGAUUUAACAGAAAAGCUGCAGCAUUCGGAAUAUAUAGUCAAAGAACUUAAAUAUAAAAUGGAAAAGUUGAAACAUUAUGAGGAAUUAACUACAGACAGUGCCGUAACACAGACACCGGUAUCUUUUUAUGCUGACCAAACAUCCCAAACCGAUGUGGACGAUUUAGUUCUGCCUAUGAAUUACGAUCAUGUAACGCCGGAAGCUAUGCAGCUGCUUGAAAAGAAAUUGAAAAAGACGAUGGACGAUGUUGCCAAUUUGACCGAUGAAAAACAGAAGCUGGAACAUCUCGUAACUCAGCUUCAGGGUGAAACAGAAACCAUAUGUGAGUAUGUAACUUUGUACCAAAACCAAAGAGGCCUUCUACAAGAAAAAGCGACAGAGAGGGAGCGACAGCUGGCUGCUCUUGCCAAAGAGAGGGAAGAACUUAAAAUGAAACUGGCCCAAAUAAACAGCCUUUUGCCCAAAGCUCUGCCAGGCGAGGUUACACAAACGGGUGAAAGCACUGAGCCUGUAGCUGCCACCCAGAUAAAAACACUCCUGACUGAAAUCGAAUCUAGCAGCCUUGUUCAGAAUAUGCUCGAACCGACUACUUUCCAUCCUUGCAUCCUCUGCUCUGGAAAACUCAUUACUGUUUAAUAAUGUUAACCUGAUGUUCAACAUCAACACUGGUGUGUUGAUUUCCCCCAAGCUAAAUCAAUUUUGCACUGUGUAUCUAUAUUUAUCCAAUUUGUUUUUAUCUUGUAUAGUGUAUGAAACAAUGUUGUAAUAUAUUUAUAUAAAGCAUAUGCUGAAUAAUUUUAAUAACAAUUUCUUAUGUUGUAAAUAGCAAAAUAUUGAGUGGCAUGAUUGGCACGCA